AUGAAUUUUUCUGCGUUUCCUGCCAGCACCCUAAGGAAAGGAGUUCAUAGGCAAAGGACUAUCGAACAGACAAAAGAAAAUAGUGGAAUAACCAAAUUUUUUUUAAAAGAUUUAAUAAAAGAAUCCCUUCUUGAAAAUGAUGAUAUUUCAGAGGGAAAUAAAACAAAGAAUACCAAAAACAAAUUUAAUGAGCAUGAUAAACAUCAAUCAUUUAAUGUAUCAUAUACAUGGGAAACUGAUGCAAUAAGUGGGCUAAAAUUUGUUAAUGUUUUAAAUAAGCAAGAUAAAAAAAAACUUGGAUUUCAAUGCAUUUAUUGCAGAGAUAAACAACUUUUUAAAAAGAAAAGCAGUGUCCUAUAUCACAUGGUUACAUUUAACCAUGGCUUAAAAUUAAGUAUUGUAGAAGAUUUAAAGUUUAAUGAGAGAAAUUCGUAUGAAAGACUAAACUUUAUUAACAAUUUAAAUGUGGAAAAAGGGAUUGAAAGUGUGGGAAUGAAGAUAAUAGAAAAUGAAAGAAAGGAAGAAACCGAAAUAUCAAAAAAUAAUUUCAAUGAUUACAAGGUUAUUAAACUUGAAAUAGAAUUUGUUUCUACUCUGAAUUUAUUAACAUAUGAAGAGUUAGUAUCAUUAUAUUUAUACUUUUUUCCUGAAAAAUUAUUUUCAAUUAAUGAGCAUGUAAAUAAAGAAAGCAUUAUUGAAAACUUUUUAUUGAGUAUAAAUUUGAUUUCAAAAAAAUAUUCCAAGACAAUUAAAGAUGCAUAUAGCCAAUCAGUUAUUACUAAAGAUGCAAAGUAUAUAUCAGUAAAUGAAUAUUUGAAAGAAUUAAAAUAUUCUUUAGAAGUAGAUAAGGAUUUAGAAUGCGAAGAUGAGUUAGCAAACGAGAUAACUAAUAAUGAUGUGAACAUCGAAAAUCAAAAUUCUGAGCAUGUAGUAAAUGCAAAUAAAGAAAAUAAAAAAGACGUAGAAAUAAAUAAUUCAAAUGAUUCGAUAAACGAAGAUCCGAAAACAGAUCAAAUAAACGAAUUAGAAAAGGAGGGAGAAAGCAUCCAAAAUGAAAUCAAUGAACAAACAGAGAAAAUAAAAAACAAAUUAGAAACAGAAAUAUUAGAUUCAAAGAAUCGUAUAUUAAUAAAUAUAAAUGAUUACAAUAUUUUUAAGCAUAAUGAUAAAUUAUUCAUCAACUUAUCCGAACAUAAUAAAACAAAUGACAACGAAAAUGGUGACGAUAGAAAUAAAUGUUUGAUGAUUAAUACUGAGGAAAAUAACAAACCCGAUGAAAAUCGGGAUCAAUUAAAUAGAAGCAGCAAAUUAAGUGAAAUAGUUUCAUUUAUGGAUACAAACAAUUAUGAACAAAAUAUCCGCAUCGAUGAAACACAGAAAAACAUGCUUAGUAUUUUAUUGAACACUACAAAAAAAACUAGAAAAUAUACAAAAGUAAAUAAAAAUAACAUGACUAAUAUGCGUAAAAAAGCACGAAUAAAUGAAAACAAGAUUAAUUUAACAAAUUUAAAAUUAAAAGAGCAAAUAAAUCAAGGGUAUUUCAACAAGGAAACUUUACUUCUCGCUUUGUUGGAGGAAAGAAUGGAACAGGGGAAUAACCGAAGUGUAAUCGAUAAAAGUGAGGGUAAACAAAUUGUGGAUACAAUAGAACAUAAAGAAGAUGAAAAAAACGUUGCCACAAGAGAUCUGUCGCAAAAUAUAGUAAAUUUAAUAAAGGGGAAUUCAAAUAAUGAAAAUAAAGAUAUAUAUUCUAAAAAUCAAAAUGAUAAUAUAGAAUAUAAUAAUAAAAAUAUUUGUAUAGGUGCCACCAAUGAUUCGAAUAGUUCCUUAAUUGUAUCGGAUAUGAAAAUCGUAGAUAAUGAUAAUAAUAAAUAUAGUAUUAGUUAUGAUAAAGAAAAUAUAGAAAAUAUUUCUAUUGAAAAACCUGUUUGUACAGAUAAAGGAAAUAGUGAUGUCAUAGUGAGAAGUAAUACCAGUAAAAUUGACCAAAACAUUGAUAAUACAACUGAAUUGGAAAAACAACACACAAGAGAAGAUGGUGAAAUAAAAGAAAUAAAAAGCACAUGCAACAAUUUGGAUAAUACUAGUAUACAUGGGGAAAUACAAAACGUUAUGAUUCAUACUGAAAAAAAUGUUGCAGUAGAAAAUGAAAAAAAUAAAUGCAAUAAUAAUGCUAAUAAUAUUAAGACUAGGAGAACCAAAAAUAGAAAUUCAAUAUGUACUAAUAAUGUAUACAAAAUUAAAAAGACAUAUAAAAUUAAUAAUAAGCAAAAAUUGAAACAAAUCAAAAUAAAACAAUCAUUUGAUAAAAAAAAAAAAAAUUCAAAGAACGAUUAUUGUGAAAUCAUUGUAGAUGAUAAUAAAGGUGCUGCAAUAAAUAAAAACAAAGCAAAAGCGAAAGUAGAAGUAGACGAAAAUAUAAAAACGUUCGUAAAAAAUAAUAAACGUGUUUAUAAAUCGGAUAAAAAAAAUAUAAAUGCACCAAUUGGAAACAUGUGUAUUAAAAAAUCAAAAAAAAGAAAACCUGAAAACCUAUCUACUUUUUUAAAAAAAGAAGUUAAGGAAUUAUGUGGUUUGUCCAAUGAUAACAUAAUUAAACACGAGAAUAUAAAUUUUCUUUCCGCACGGUCCCAUAGAUUAUCUAGAUAUAUAAAGAAAUGA